GGGCAGAGGGGCGUGGAAGUGCUGCUGGUAUAUUGUUGAUGUUGAGUUGGCAAUUCGGCUGCGUGUAGUUUAGUAUUGGGAGGCGGGUCCUGAGUGCUGCGGCCGCUGCACUAUUGGAAAACUUGCCAUAGAGGAGCCAAGAGAGACAAUCCAAAAUGACCUGCCGCAAAGUGAAUAUAGUGAUUAUAGUGUUGGCGGCCGUGAUCUUCCUCCUCAUUCUCCAUCAUAAUCUGCUGGGUCUGAGCGAUAUACUGAAAAGGCAAAGUUCAGAUUUCGGCCUUGUAGGAUUUCAGAGGAUUGAUUUCCUCCCAGAAGCUCCAGACGAGAAAAAAAUAGCAGAGGUCCCUGUAGUUAUCACUGCCGUAGAAAGUAGACUCGGAGGGGUCAUUGCUGCAAUCAACAGUAUUUCCAGUAAUACACAGUCCACUGUCACUUUCUACAUUGUGACCAUGAAUGAUACCAAGGAACAUCUCAGGACCUGGCUUAGUGACCCUAAGCUUAAAAAUGUCAAGUAUAAAAUUCUGGACUUCGAUCCUCGGGUCCUUGAGGGGAAAAUCCGAGCGGAAGAGCGCGCCAAACCUUUAACAUUUGCAAGAUUUUACCUUCCUGCUUUGGUCCCUGGGGUAGAGAAAAUCAUAUAUCUGGAUGAUGACGUAAUUGUUCAAGGUGACAUUGUGGAACUCUACAAGACCCCUCUAAAAGUGGGACAUGCAGCUGCAUUCUCUGAGGAUUGUGAUUCAGUCACCACGAAAUACUUGGUCAGAGGAGCCGGCAGUCAGUAUAACUACAUAGGAUAUUUUGACUACAAGAAGGAAGCCAUCAAGAAGCUGGGCAUGAAAGCUAGUACCUGCUCCUUUAAUCCAGGUGUUUUUGUAGCCAAUCUAACUGAAUGGAAGCAACAGAAUAUUACCAGGCAGCUUGAAAAAUGGAUGGAGUUAGACAUGGCGGAAGAACUGUAUAGCAAGACCCUCGCUGGCAGCAUCACCGCACCGCCACUGCUGAUUGUCUUCUACAAGAUGCACUCCAGUAUUGACCCCAUGUGGCACGUCAGGCACCUGGGCUCAAGUACCGGGAAGCGUUAUUCCUUUCAGUUUGUGAAUGCUGCCAGGCUUCUUCACUGGAACGGACACUUUAAACCAUGGGGACGGGCCGCCUCAUAUUCUGAAAUUUGGGAAAAAUGGUAUAUUCCGGACCCCACUGGUAAAUUUUCCAUCAUUAGAAGAAACGCAGAAGCUGAUAGAGCCAAAUGAUGGAAUUACACUGAUCAGGAAAUCUCAUGAACUGCGGUAUGUUACGGAGCAUGGUCAAGCAGUAUUUUCUCAGGAAUCUGCAGCUAUUUUUUUUUUUUUUUUCCGCCAUUACAACUCCAAGACACUACAGUGGAUCCUGGUCCUUCUAGUAUAUUAGGUUUUUAGUGUGUUUUCUUGUAUUCUUUAUGUAUUAUCCUAUGGUGUUUCAGCUGCUCUUUCCUACAUGAUUCAGUCCAAAUCUUCUUGUCGGUAUAUUGUAUAAGAGAGCUGGCUGGUGGCACCGCUACGCUUCUCUCCCGUAGUCCUGAACUUAUGCACAACAUAUUGCUGUCCUCCUAGCAGGAACCUGUCCAUUGUAGUGGGGUGCUCAGAAAGAAAGCUCCAAAAAGCUGUGCGGAUUCCUACUAUGGGGACUACUUUUUGCACAGUGCAGAUGUAGGAGAUCUGAGUUUGUCAUUUGGCACGAGUCGUUGUCGUAAUGCAGUAUGUUAUGAUCUGAUUCUUCAUGAUGCACAAAUACUCAUUUCUGUUCCAUCUGGACAUGCAUUGCAGAGCCUAGUGAAUUGUUCAUACGAAACCUGUCAGCAGUCACUAUCUGCGUGCAGCAGUAUUUGUCCGGCCGCCUCUCGGCAUAUUUGCCGUGCUGUGGCCGGAUCUCCGCUGGUCCCCAUUAUAGUGAAUGAAGCCAGACGGACUCCCGGCAGAGCAUGGUAGUUCCGGAGCUGGCAGGCUGUUCUCCUUCCGGAACCAUUAACACCAGUCUGAAACAGGCCUUAUAGUCUGAAAAAUACAGCAUCUGGCAUUGAUCUUGGGCACAGCUCUUUUUGUUUGGAGAAAGUUUUGGUUUUAUAUGAUACAAUUUUCUGCUUAUAUGUGUAUGUAAAGAGGUAUCUCCCCAAGGAAAGAGUAGGAUUCUCACUCCGUACUGACGAGGAGUAAGCAUCCCGAAACAGCGAUCUAUAGAUGGAUAUUUGGCUUGGCAGUAUUACCUUGUCCUAUCAAGGCUUAGUUAAAAAGUCGGAUUUUUACUCCUAGGGAGCCAGUUCUGCAAGGUGGCGAUAGUGAGAUGGUUCUCUUUCCUUUUGGAGAUGCCUCUUUCAUAGUAUUUUACCAUGGAGGACUUCCAGUAAGUCUCUAUACACAGCUGGUCUCUUGAAGGAGACCCAGCACCCCACCUAAGCUGCUUAUAUGUGUAUAAGGAAUAUUCUCUGGUUGUUCACUUUAUAAGUGUCAUGACCAGUAUAUUGUGAAUUUAUUGGUCAAGCGAUCAAUUCAUGGAUCAUAAACCUUGCAUUGUUGAUAGGACGCUAAUAUUUGUUCCAUUGUUCAGAUCUCUUUGCUAAUAAGACGGCAUGUACAGCGCAAUAUACUCGACGGGUGGACGGGGAAUCCUCGCUUUGUAAGUUGUAGGAGGUAGAUGAUUAUAGUGACCCAGAGCUGCAUCCACCUUCAUGUUACUGUAUGACAACCUUCUAUACAAAGCCCAUAGUACACGACGUGGUGCAUGCUACAAUCCUACACCAGAGACAUAGGAUUAGUGUUGAAACCACUGGCAACAUGGAAUGUGUAUGGGACUCCUGAAAAAUAGCUGCCUUUUGUAUCAUUUAUUGCUAUGUACUGAUUUGGCUACUACGUGAUGCUACUUUGUAGUGAGAAGGUAAAAAUAAUUUCAUUCAUUCAGUGUGGGUUUUAAAAAAAACACUACUUCACCAAGGGUAGGGCGCUCUUACUGGACUUUAAAAAGAGUCUGUUGGCUACAUUAUCCCAAUAAAAGUACCCCCCAGCGAGAGGCAGAAGAACACCCUGGAUUGCGCACUCGCAAUACAUGCCCUCCUGUGGGUGUCUGCAACAUUCACUGUGCUGCACACAUGCAGUGCAAAGGAUAAUGCAGAUACUGACAGAAGGGAAUGUACUGCGCAUGCACAAUCCUGAGUUUUUCACCGUGCUUACACAAUUUGGGCUGGGGCUCGCUACACGGUGACUUGUGCCACACAGCGUAAUAGAAGUCAGUGCAAGUGCUGGAUUUUUUUUGCUUGGGUCACAUUCUCAGCAACUUGCAAAUCAAACUGUGACCCUGAUCUUUGGUCAUGCAAUGAUUGUUGUGACCAAAGUUGCCAAUUCUACUUAUAAUAUAUAAGAACAGGGCACUCAAAAGAAACCGCGACCAUGUGGUUUGAACAAAUCUGAGCUUUUAUUUAAUGUUAAAACAGAUAAAUUAACAAUUUAUUGUACUGUUAUCAUAAAACUAAAUUAGGCACCAGUCCACCUUAUGUUUUCUAUUAACAAUAUGCAAUUGGGUGUUCAGUCCACAACAAUAGACAAUCAAUUGCAAUAUUCCAUAUAGUGGUAGUAGCUGAAAAAAAACGGACUAGAUAUUCGAUAUUGUAAGAAGCAAAAUAUUCGAUAUAACGCCAAGAAAUAAUCGGUCCAAUGGUUAUGAGCAGCCUAAGAAAUGUCACUGAGUAUCGAUAAAAUAUAUUCCACUUAUUAUCGAGACCAAGACCAAAUGUCCCACACCUGGUUACAGCGGCGUCCCGCCGGAGAAGAGUGGGUACUAGUCAAUUCUACUUACAUUGCAGAAUACUAUUUUGUGUGUGGAUUCCCAUGCAGUAUCAGCAAACUUUAAGAACAAAUCUCUUGUAUACUUUGCAGAUUUUUUUCAUUGUGGAAAUUGGCCUGCCAUCAAGAUUUCAAAAUUCACAGCAUAAUUACGCUUGCGAUUUUAGUUAGAUUUCACCCUUUCCAAAUGAAGGGCGAGAUCUGCGGAAAAAAAUUGACUUUUGUACUCACCGUAAAAUCCUUUUCUCGUGGGAUGCAUUGGGGAACACAGCACCAUGGGUAUAUGCCCGGCUGACACUAGAAAGAAAAGUGUUAGCUCCACCUCUCUGGGCUAUACCCUCUGCACAUGCAGAAGCUAGCCAGUAGGUAGAAAAGCAGUGAGAGCACCAAACUGAAAAAAA